UAUGUUUAUGUGUAUUGUGUGACACAUGAAUGACAUCAUUGCAAGACAUGCGCAGUAAGUGAUGUAAACCAAUGAAAACAAAUUGCGAUUACAACUGACUUUUGAUUACUAAUUGAAAACAAAACAAAUUGUAUUUCAUUUGAUUUAAAUCGUCGUCUUUAAUGUACUAAUACCUGGCCAUCAUUUUACCGUUUGGCCAUUGAGUCGGGACACUGGUUGCGGUCAUCAUCGGUGCCGGUCAUGGAGUUCAAGAACAUAGUGUUCAACGCGGCCAGAGAUGGCAAACUCAGACGCCUUAAGCUAUUUCUUGACCAUCGACCCAAAGAGGAGGUCAAACUUAUAGUGUCUUUGCGGACGAAUGGCGCCACUCCUCUGCUAAUUGCCGCCCGAAAUGGUUAUCUCAAUGUCUUGGAGUAUCUCAUCGACAAAUGCAAUGCCGAUAUUGAACAGGUGGGAACUGUUAACUUUGAUGGUGAAUCAAUAGAGGCGGCCCCUCCUAUCUGGUGUGCGGCAGCAGCAGGACAUUUAACAUGUGUUAAGUCACUGAUAACACACGGAGCUAACGUCAACAGCAAGACUAAGACAAACUCGACACCAUUACGGGCCGCUUGUUUUGAUGGACAUAUCGAAAUAGUCAAAUAUUUAGUUGAAUACGGAGCUGAUAUUGAAAUUGCCAACAGACACGGCCAUACCUGUUUAAUGAUUUCCGCCUAUAAAAAGCAUCUGAAUAUCGCUGACUUCUUGAUAACAAAUGGAGCUCAAGUCAACAGAAAGAGUUUUAAAGGUAAUACAGCACUACAUGACUGUGCAGAAUCAGGUAGUUUAGAAAUAAUGAAACUCUUGUUGAUGAACGGCGCCAUAAUGGACGUGGACUCGUACGGAAUGACACCAUUAAAAGCGGCCGCACUUUCGGGUCACACGCCUAUUGUCGAAUUGAUCACUUCGUUACGAUUGUGUACUCAAUUAGAGGCUAUAGAAGCUUUAGAAUUAUUGGGCGCAACAUUUGUCGAUAAAAAGCAUGACAUACUAACAGCACUAACACUGUGGAGAAAGGCUCUAAACUUACGUAACUUAAGUGAUAACUGUCCCAUAUUUAAGUUAAUGUCUGAACCAAACAUAGCAUACGAUAAAGCAGUAGAAUUUACAACAGUUGAACAGUUAGACGAGUUGGCCAUUGAUCCCGACCUCAUGAGAAUGCAAUCAUUACUAAUAAGAGAGCGUAUAUUAGGGCCAUCACAUCCCGACACUUCAUAUUAUAUCCGAUACAGAGGAGCCGUUUACGCUGAUUCUGGGAAUUAUGAUCGUUGUAUUCAACUCUGGAUCUAUGCGUUAGAUAUGCAGCAAAAGAUUUUCGACGCAUUGAAUACAAUGACUCAAAGUAGUCUUCUGUCAUUUGUUGAGCUCUUCUCACUAAUGAUGUCUAAGUCUAUAUCAACGGUGCGCUUCUCCGACUUGUUUUCAGUGCUUCGACGGGCUAUUUAUGAAUUGGAGGCAUCAGCUGGACGUGUGGGCGCUCUCAACGAUCAUGACUUGACUAACUAUAAUCGGACCAUUAAUAUUGUGCUCAGUUUUUUAGGACUUCUCUGUCGAUUAAAGCCAUUGAUAACUGUUAAGCAAGACUUGCAAUUAAAGACCGAAACGUAUCGAUUAGUUAAACUGAAUCCUCGCGGCAAAAACGGUUCAUCACUUUUACAUAUGGUCUGCAAUGUCGGUGAGACUUCGUUCGCAUUAUUUCCCUUCUAUGAGAUGCCAGUGAUCGACAUCUGUGGACUACUUCUUCAAGUGGGACAUCCGGUUGAUGUGAUUGACAGUGCAGGCAAUACACCGCUUCAUAUCAGUGCGUCAGCCAAACACAACAAUCCGACACAGUUUAUGACAUUAUUGGAAAACGGCGCUCAUUUAGACUAUUCAAACACCACUGGGAAAGUAGCACUGGAUUUGGUUCCAACUGAUUCAACAAAUUUAUAUCAAUUGUCACGACUGAAGUAUAUAACACUUCAAUGUCUUUGCGCCCAAACUAUCAAUAAGAAUCGCAUUCCUUUCAAAGGAAGAGUUGGUUUAAAAUCUUUAGAGGAAUUCAUACAAAAUCAUUGAUUAUUUUAAUGGGAAAACAAAAUUAAUAUUUUUAUCUAUAA